AUGCCCCCCUCCGCCUCCGCAACCGCCGACGCCCACCUCCCCUCCUUCCCCUCCCUCUUCCGCCUGGACUCCAAAGUCGCCCUCGUAACCGGCGGCACGCGCGGCCUAGGUCUGCACGCCGCCUCCGGACUCCUGCAAGCCGGCUGCUCCCUCGUAAUCGUGACCUCACGCAAAGCAGACGCCUGCGCCGACGCCGCCGCCGCGCUCAACGCGCUGCCCAACCUAGCGCCCGGCGCGCGUGCGGUCGGGAUCGCGGCGGACUGCUCGCGGGUCGCGGAUAUCGAGCGGUUGGUUGGGGAGGUGCGGAAGUACACGUCGCAUAUAGAUAUUUUGUGCGCCAAUGCGGGGGCCACGUGGGGAAGUAGAUUCGAGGACGUGGAUGAGAAGAACGGGUGGGAUAAGGUUGUAGAUUUGAAUGUCAAGGGGGUGUUUUUCACGAUCCAGAAAUUCACACCCCUCCUCACCGCCCGCGCCACCGCAGCAGACCCCUCACGCAUCAUAAUCACCGCCUCCGUCGCCGGCCUCGGCGUCGGCAGCACCGGCGCCAUGGGCGCAUACUCCUACUCGGCCUCGAAAGCCGCCGUCCUCCAUCUCGCUCGCAACCUGGCCGUUGAACUCGGGCCCCGCAAUGUCCUGGUCAACAGCAUCGCGCCCGGGUUUUUCAUGAGCCGCAUGGCGGCGGGGAUGAUGGCGGCGCAAGGGGGGGAGGAGGCGCUGGGGAAGCAGAGUCCGAAUGGCAGGACGGGGAGGCCGGAGGAUGUAGCGGGGGCGGUGGUGUUUUUGGCGAGUAGGGCCGGGGGGCAUGUUAAUGGGGGGACGGUGGUGUUGGAUGGGGGGAGGAUGUUGGCGGCGGGGGGGUUGGAGAGGGAGGAGAGGUUGGAGAAGUUGUAGGGGGAGGUGGUCUGGGUGAUGGCGUUUCGAUGGAUGGUGGAGGGUGGAUGGAGAUGGAGUGCUUCUGCUGUUGCACUGGAACGCGGAGGUCUGGCUCGGUGCCUACAUGCAAGAUGCUGUCUGCAUGUCAGUGCAGGUGCGCUACUAUCACUCUAGAUCCCGAACUCGUGUCUGAUCACCUACACACAACUACAUCCAUCGCGUUGGAGGAUGCACGGCGGACUAAGAAAAUGAGCCAAAUACACUACACGACAGCAAAGUAUAGGGAAUCGUUGCAAAAUCUAUAAAAUGCUUUCUCACC